CUCCACCAAUAGUUUGCAGCGUUGCUUCUGCCACAAAACAUCCUUUGGAAAUAUUGCAUGCCAUAUCAUACAAAGCCACACCAUCAAGGUGCACAUUGUAUGCCAUAUCAUACAUAACAACUUAGUGAUUCCAUUUUUCUGCUAUCAAAGGCCAGUGUCUUAACCAAAACAAAAACGUUGAAGUGAUAAGUUAAAUUAAAUGCAGAAUAAGAGAGAUUCGUGCAAUUGGUGCGACAAAAGUUGCCAUAAAGCAUUUUCCUUUUGAAUAAUAUCGCUAACAAAGUCCUCGUGUCUUGUUUUAGAGCUCAAAAGCCGUGGAAGUGUAGUUAGUUUUCAAUCACAUCGAUCGCUGAAUCAAAACGCAGCGUUCAUUGAUCCACAAUAUCGAUGAUGGCAGAGAAGAAACCCAAAACAAAGAUCGUGUGCACGCUGGGACCUGCAUCGAGGUCUGUUCCAAUGGUGGAGAAGCUUCUACAAGCAGGCAUGAAUGUCGCUCGUUUCAACUUCUCUCAUGGUUCCUAUGAAUAUCAUCAGGAAACGCUUGAUAAUCUUAGAACCGCUAUGCAAAAUACCGGUAUUCUCUGCGCCGUCAUGCUUGACACUAAGGGGCCGGAGAUUCGAACCGGAUUUCUCAAGGAUGGAAAGCCUGUCCAACUGAAACAAGGUCAGGAAAUAACCAUUUCAACCGACUAUGACAUAAAAGGAGAUGAGAAUAUGAUCUGUAUGAGCUACAAAAAGUUGGCUUAUGACGUGAAGCCCGGAAGCAUUGUAUUAUGCGCAGAUGGCACCAUAUCAUUUAAAGUUUUAUCAUGUGACAAAAAAGCUGGUUUGGUUCGAUGCUGCUGUGAAAACUCUGCCAUGCUUGGCGAAAGAAAGAAUGUUAAUCUUCCUGGAGUCAUAGUGGAUCUCCCAACAUUGACUGAGAAAGACAAGGAAGAUAUCAUGGUAUGGGGAGUUCCUAAUAAUAUUGACAUGAUUGCACUUUCUUUUGUUCGAAAAGGUUCUGAUCUGGUGGAAGUUCGCAAGUUGUUGGGAAAACAUGCUAAGAACAUACUUCUCAUGUCAAAGGUUGAAAACCAAGAAGGAGUUGCAAAUUUUGAUGAAAUCCUUACAAAUUCAGAUGCAUUUAUGGUGGCACGUGGCGACCUUGGAAUGGAAAUUCCAAUAGAGAAGAUAUUUCUAGCACAAAAAGUGAUGAUUUAUAAGUGUAAUAUCCAAGGAAAGCCGGUUGUCACUGCAACGCAGAUGUUGGAGUCAAUGAUCAAAUCACCUAGGCCAACCAGAGCUGAAGCUACUGAUGUCGCGAAUGCAGUUCUGGAUGGCACAGAUUGUGUCAUGCUUAGUGGUGAAACUGCUGCUGGAGCUUAUCCAGAACUUGCUGUUCGAACUAUGGCUAAAAUUUGUGUUGAAGCUGAGAGUACCAUCAACUAUGGAGAUGUAUUUAAAAGGAUAAUGGAGCACUCACCAGUACCGAUGGGCCCAUUGGAGAGUCUAGCUUCUUCUGCGGUUAAAAUGGCAAACUCAGCUAAAGCAGCACUUAUAUUGGUUUUAACUAGAGGAGGGAGUACUGCAAAAUUAGUGGCUAAAUAUAGGGCAGGCAUGCCAAUUCUUUCUGUUGUCGUUCCUGAGAUUAAGACCGAUACCUUUGAUUGGUCCUGCAGUGAUGAGGUCCCUGCCAGACAUAGCUUGAUAUUCCGAGGAUUGAUUCCAGUACUGAGUGCGGGUUCUGCUAGAGCUUCUCAUGCAGAAACAACAGAAGAGGCACUAGACUUCGCCAUUCAGUAUGCCAAAACAAAAGGUCUUUGCAAUAACGGGGAUUCUGUGGUGGCUCUGCAUCGUGUAGGUGUCGCAUCAAUCAUCAAAAUCUUGACUGUGAAAUGAUCUCCCAUUAAAAUGAGUUCUUCAGCUGCUUUUGGCAAUUUUUGAUGGUGGGAAAGAAGUAUUAUCAUACAUUUUUCUUUCUUUAUUGGAUGCAGAACAUCAAUUAGAGCUUUUAUUAUUAGGGAUACAUAUUCCCUAUUUUAGAAUUAUUCAUAAAUCAAACAAUAAAAGUUUGAUCAAGUCAAAGACAUUGUUACCGGUUCUUAGUUGGUAAAGAAAACAAUACAAGAGCAAGAGCUAAUGAAUUUUCACACAAAACUUGUGGACAAACUAUAUAAUAGAAUUUUCUCUUACAAAAGAUCAUCUACCCAACUAAUUCUUACAUAGAUGGCUGGGAGUUUGUAAUUGUUAUAUCUCAUCUUUUACGUUUGACUUAAGCAUACUUGUAUUUGGAUACUUUGAUAAUUGAAUCUAUUUCAUGGUUAACAGGUA